UGUGAAAGAGCCACGUCCGCGAGAUUAAACGGAACGGCGACAGGAAGAUCGCGACUGGACUGGAGAUAAGGCAGAGUUACUUGUGACCCGCGGAGUGAGAUCACGUACCGUCAUCGCGAAGAUGCUGCGAAGGUGCCUGGUUGUUCUACCGCUGCUUUUGCUCGGUGCUCUCGCCGACGAGAAGGAUGUCCUGGAGCUCACAGACAAAACCUUUGACGUCGAGCUCGAGCGUCACGAGAACACCCUCGUCAUGUUUUACGCACCAUGGUGUGGGCAUUGUAAACGCCUGAAACCAGAAUAUGCCAAGGCGGCAGAGCUGCUCAUAGGUAACGAUCCACCUAUUACACUGGCCAAGGUCGAUUGUACAGAAUCUGGAAAAGAAACCUGCAACAAGUAUUCCGUUAGCGGUUACCCGACACUGAAGAUCUUCGAAGGUAAUGAGCUGAGGUCUGACUAUAAUGGUCCAAGAGAGGCACAGGGUAUUGUUAAGUACAUGAAGGCUCAAGUAGGACCAGCAUCUAAAGAAUUAACUAGUGUAGAUGCCCACAAGACGUUCUUGGGGGCAGAUGAUGUUAGUGUAAUAGGUUAUUUUGAAAAGGAUGAUUCUCCUUUGGCCGCAGCUUUCCACACAGUCUCUAAAAAACUCAGAGAGAAAGUCAGAUUUGCCCACACUUCGUUGAAAGAACUUUUGGACAAGGUGUCCCAGAAAAAUGCUAUUGUUCUUUACCGACCAAAGAUACUUCACAACAAAUUCGAGGAUAACAGUGUAGUGUACAAAGGUAGCGAUUCUAUCAGUGACGUGAACGAAUUCAUCAGUAAGAAUUAUCAUGGUAUUGCUGGCGUUCGUACUCGCGACAACGCGCAAGACUUCAAGAAUCCUCUUGUUGUUGCCUAUUACAACGUGGAUUACGUGAAGAAUGCCAAAGGCACGAAUUACUGGCGUAAUAGAAUCAUCAAGGUUGCCAAAGACUUCCCUGAAUUCAAUUUCGCCGUAGCUUCCAAGGAUGACUUCCAACACGAACUGAACGACUUCGGCAUUGAUUACGCGAAAGGCGACAAGCCGGUUGUUUUAGCUCGAGAUGACAAGAACCAGAAGUUUGUUCUCAAAGACUUUUCUCUGGAUGAAUUUGAAGCGUUCCUGAAGGAUCUGCAAGCUGGCACUUUAGAACCGUAUCUCAAGUCCGAACCGAUUCCGGAGAGCAACACGGGUAACGUGAAGGUUGCGGUAGCCAAGAACUUCGAUGAGGUGGUAAUUAACAACGGCAAGGAUACGUUAAUCGAGUUCUACGCGCCGUGGUGCGGUCACUGCAAGAAACUGGCACCAGUAUACGACGAGUUGGGCGAGAAGCUGGCCGAUGAGGACGUCGAUAUCGUCAAGAUGGACGCUACGGCAAAUGACGUCCCGGCUCCGUACGAAGUACGCGGCUUCCCUACUCUUUACUGGGCGCCCAAGGACGCGAAGGACAAUCCGGUCAAGUACGAAGGCGGUCGUGAGCUCGAAGACUUCAUCAAGUACAUCGCCAAGCACGCCACCAAUCAGCUCAAGGCCUACGAUCGCAGCGGCAGCUCAGUCAAACCCAGAACCGAUGAGUUGUAAGAUACAGCAAAGUUCGAUCCUAGAAUUUCUAUUAUGUAAGACUCAACACAAUCUGGGAGUUUUUUCCUCAAGUAAUAACAACACACACAAGGAUGUGCAGAAGAUAAAAUAUUAAGAGUGCAAAUGCAAGGAGAGAUGAGGCGUUUUUUUGCAAUAAUAAUAAGUGAAAAGUGAAGAAUGUUCGGAUGUCUUGGUGGAUGUCUUUUUUUAGAGUAUAGGAUUAUCUACAUGUAUAUCAUACACUUUGUAAUUGAUUACAAAUACAAGUGAGACGCUGUAAUAAAGCGUGCAGAACUGAUUUCCUCAAUUUUCCGAUAAUAACAACAACAAUAUGCUUUCCGCGUGUUUAAGGAAUUAUUACAGAUUAUACAGAAAGCAACAACGCUCCAUUCCAUUUUACGUGUUUCGAUUUACCCUAAGAGACAGCAACUUUUGUUUGUACACAAAAAAAUAAAAAAUAAAUUGUUUUAUACAAAAUUA